AGAGGACGCGUAAAUUCAUAGCAAGGUAGAAUAAGCCUUGAAGCAGGAAAACUUGCUCAUUCCAGUAGAUUUUUUUUAUGUUUACAAUUCAAAUGUAUAUCUAUUUAAAAAAAUAGCUUCCCUUCCUCUAGGCGAAUAUAUUUUAGUGCUUAUAAGCAAAGUUCAUGUUAGCUGCGCCAGAAAUCACACCAGAUUUCGUACUGAUAAUCCUUCCUAACAGUGUAUCGUAAGACGUGAUGAACCCGGAACACAUUUAUUUUCGAUUACUUUGCGUUGAGACAAUAUGAUUAAUACAAUUUAUAUUAUCGUUCAUAUUAUCGUCAUUACUUUAUUUGUUAUUUUCACUAUUACUAUAUGGCAUAAACAAUUUCAAUAUUAGUCCACAGAAAUAAAUGCUGAUUACCUUGCAGAUAAUGUCAGGUUUGAGAAUAAAUAACUAUUCUAAGUAGCCAUGCCGGGUUGUUACUUCGCAACACUGAUAAAUAUUACAUAUUCAGUUUAUUUUACAUGAUCCCACAAAAUCGUUAUCUGGUUUGGUAAAGUCAUCUUCGCUAUAUAAUCGUUAAGAAUAUGAAGUCGGCAAGCAAUAAUGGCAAUUAUAAACAUAUGAAUAAGAAUCACCUGCUUGUUAUCUUCUUUGGCGACAACAUUGGAAUCAAUGGGACUCAUGUAUCCGCAUAUACCGCGAUAUGCGGGCGGAAAAAAAUCAACCUUGUAUUAUCAUGAUACAUGUCAUUCUAAGAGGCAAUUACUUUACGAAUGUUUGCUGAAUGGAUCAAAUAUAUAAAUCGUGAAUGGGUACGUGACUUUUUUCAUCGAUUCUAGCGAUUAUUAUGGUAUUACGCUGCUGUUCGCACGGAUACAGCUGGUCCGUGGGAAUGCUCGCUUCUGUGUUGCUUCUGCUGCCUCCACAGUAUGAUCUGCACUAACCAGAGGAAUAAACAAAUGCGAAACGUUGUUAUUGGAACACGAUUUUGCGUUUGGCCUAGGGUGUCGCUCACGGGCGUAGUCUUCCUGAAGACCAUCCAUUACAGGGCCGUAGUGGAUGGUGUCAAUGAUUGUCGACCGUAGCUGUCACGCUAUCGGCCCGCGGGCUGCUCGUCCCUCUCUCAAGCUCAGGUUGCAACGGGAGACACCGGCGAGAUGCAGGAAGAAUGGUGCUGGUCCUUAUAGUUAUAAUGCAAGUGUUUGAUUACGGUACUUAUCGUUUGUAGUUGCUGAAUAAUGAUUACCACUCCAUAUGCAAUAGUGGGGCUAUAUGCCAUUGUCAUUCCAUAGUAUUUCACUAGGAGUGAGUUCUUGGGUCUAUUUUGACGGUUUCUAGUUGGCCAGGCCCGAGUGUCGCGUACUAGAGCUUAUUUUUUUUGGCUGUGCUAUUUCGUAAAAAAAAAAACAAGCUUCGAUUAUUUAACUCCAGGAAUGAAAAAGAAACAUUUUUUUUUCUGUGAUUGUGCACCACUGGGCAAAUAGGUACGUAUGAGCACGUAUGUCAUACGAUGGCUUAAAAAUAAAACGUCUUUAUUUCUAUUUUAUUUGCACGUGUUUUCCUCGUGGGUAAAUAUUUUUACUUUACGAUUUAUUCAAGUAUGCUUAUUUAUUACUCAAAUAAGGAUCAAACUACUACGGCGAGAUGUACAAAUAGCUUCUCAAGCCACAGCAUAUAUACUGUGUUCAUGCGUAAGAUGGUUGUGGGUUGCUGAUUUGCUGGAACAUGUUAUUCGGAUUUCUUCUGCAGAUCGAAUAUGUUUGCUUCUAUCAAAAAUUCUAGCUAAGCCGCAUGACUGUUAGCUGAUAUGGAGUACUAACUAAGUAUUGAGGUCAUAAUGUAUCAAUAUAAACGACGAGCAAACGAUCACAACGGCAGUCUUUCUGCGAAUCGUCAAAUUUUUGUUUGUGCUCGUAAUAACGUUUUCUUAGCAGCCCGAUUUCUUCCCAAUUUAAAUAGUGUGCCAAACAAAUUUCUACGCUAAGGCUAAGUUUUGACUAGUGGCAGCCAUAGAAAAAUGUAUUAAAGUUUAAAACGUCUGUGGAUACCGCUUAAGUUGAAUUAAUUUUUGGUGAGUACCUGAUUCUGUUUUUUCUAAGGCUUUUUCACUUCUGUAUACGCUACCAAGUGCUGAUUCAAGUUCCUCCAUCGAUACAAGCUUGCGUUGAAUGUAUAAUUCAAUAAAUGCAGCCUAAGUUGUGCUUACAACCACUAUUAGAUAGCACCAAACAAUGACCACCUUUUCGAAAAAUAUUAUUUUGUUUACCAACUUCUGUCCUCUUUUAGAGUAGACCAAGCAGGAGUAACAUUAUAGAUUGACUCCAGCUAUCAUAGUUAGUAGAUUACGGAUCUUUCAUCGCAUACCUGCUUCAUAUGACUAAAAAAGUGAAAAUAUUGUUGAGCACAUAAAGUCGCCAACAUAAUCACCCAACACGACACCACACGUUCUGCCAUAUGUAACAAGCAGUUGGUGGGCGCAAUAGCUGAGAAAUGCGAAGCAGACAACAAAUUAUUAAAUUAAGAUCAUCAUUAAUUUGAUAUUAAAUCGUAUUAGUCAGUCGUAAAAGAAAUAAUUUGUUUCGAAGCUAUCGUUUCCUCUUAUUAGUUUGGUCAACUACUUAAAUGGCACCAAUGCGUGAGUAAUUGCUAAUUUCUGGUACGUAAAUGUGUUAGCACGGCAGUAUUCUAAACUCAAUGUCAAGAAUGGCAAUAAAUUAAUUUGGACACUUUUAUGCAGAAUGCUAUACGUUGCACUCACGGGAGCAGUACAAAUGAACCAAGAUUUAUCACUAAUUUUUUAUUUUUUCGAAUUUUUUGACAAGUUUGUCACUUCACUUAUGGGGUGGGAGAAAAAGCAGUGACCUUGUCGACGCAUUGAGAUUUACCGGUCGCCAUUGGUGGCUUCUCUGCGGGUGUUUCGGCUCUAUUCGAAUAUUACUUUGUCAUGAUGAUAGCACGUAUGGGUAGGGGAUGUUCUCAGGCAGACUAUAUCGACCCCCUUUUCUACCCAGUGUUUUAACAAUAACAUAAGAUACUGUUAUGAUAAACGCUUGGAUUCGAAUAUACUCAUUACUUUAGUAUGCUAACACAUCGCUCAACUGAUAACAUGACAACAGUAAUAAUCAUACAGUGGGAAGUUUAAUGUCAACAAUACCUAAUAAAUACCGCCUUAUCUUUUUCAUCAUCGCCGGUAGUUCUCUUAGUGUAACUGUCAGCCAGUCGUUGGGUAAAAAGAAAUUUUCUGCGCGAAACUGUCGGAGAGCCCUGCGUUAUUCCCCGUGCCCAGUACGUUGACGCUGCAAUCCGAUGUCUGGUCAGCUUUAUGAAUGCGCCACCGCGUCCGUCUUCCGAUGGAAAAUAAGUUGCUACACAUGAAAAGCUGUAAUUUCCUAGCGUCGGUAACGGUGUAUAUUUCUAUUCUGUCAAACAUGGAGCCUUUACGGCUGCCGGGUCCGCCAGUGCGUGUUUGCAUGGAUGGCGUCAUUGGAAAGCACUCGAUAUAAUGGCCGGACGCAAUACGAAGGGCGAUGGCAGACUUUUGUAGGUGCUCUGGCCGUUGUUGUUGGUGAUGGCGGUAAAAUCUCUGGCUGGCGAUUUUGCGUGGAGAAGCCAGCCGAGACACAGAAUCAAGUGAGUUCAAAUAAGGGGCUAUGGAGGCCAUCAGAGAAACGUGGAAUGGAAAGGGCAAUCGACCGGAUGAAUGAGUCUAGGAAACCGGACAAAGUAGUAGACGCUGGUAAAGAAGAACGAUUGUUAUUGUAGCACACAUAUCUAUCUAGGCAGACUGGUAAGUAAAGGCACUGGUUUUGCUUUCGAUUCUCGGGCGUUGAUUCGCCGUUUGCGACCCUGUCAUACACGGGAAUUUUUAGUGAUAGAUAUAAUUCAUUCUGCGAUAUUUUGAAUAUUCUUUUUUCUUUUAUGAAAAAGACAGCUAGCCUUUAUUAAUUUCCUUUUUCCUGUACUCAUAGAUGCCCGUGUAUUACAUAAGGAAAUAUGCAGCGACGAAUGGACCUUUGUCUAACAUUCUGCUAUUACGGCUACUACCAAUUUUGUGCUUUGUAGAAAACUGUUGACCUGAAGUAUAGUUAGCGAAGCGGUUGCAGAAGAGGCCGCUUCCAUAUUAUUGAUGGAACCAUUUGUUGAUUUAGGCGAAGUUUCCUGAAGUCGCCUGAAACGAGGACAAGUGGCCGAUGACAAAUCUGGUCAUUCAGUGUUUCAUUGAACCUGGAUGAUGUUUUCAAGUGCAUUAUUGAUGGCUGAAUUUCUAUUUGGAUUUUGAAACUUCCAGAACGAUGAAACUGCUUUUAGUUUGCGUGGCCUUUGUUGCCCUGGCAGGUAUGUGUCGCGCCCUGUCCAAGGAGGUGAAUGUGCAUGGUCGCUAUCGGCCGCAGUCAGCUCACGGAGUAUCUCCUAUGGCAAACAUUACCAACUACCUCGGCUAUAUGGUGUUUAAAAAUCUACCUGAUAAGGAUAAAAUAGUGUCACCCAUCUCGGUCCUCGAAGUACUUUUCAUGCUUUACUUCGGUGCGGCUGGUUCUACGAAAGCUGAACUUGACAAGGCGUUUCAGUUUAGUCGCUAUGGAUUGUUGAGUGAGGAGAAGAUCGUACAUGAGAUUGCCUACGAGAUUCAUAAAUGGAAGCAUACAAAAGGAGAGAUCAUGGAUCUUACAAGGGCUUACUCUUCUGAUAUGAUCUUCGAAGACUAUCUGCAACGCUUGAAAACUAUGUUUGAUGGAGAGGCAUUCCAAGCUGAUUUUGCGAAGAAUUCUCCUGCAGUCACACAGGAAAUUAACAAGUGGAUUUCGGAAAAGACCUCAGGCAACAUUAAUCGAUUCUUCAAGGACAACCUUGAUGAGUACACAAAAUUGGUGCUUAUCUCUAUUAUUACGUUCAAGUUUAACUGGAAAGAUCAAUUUCUAACAUCCAUGAGUCGUGAAGGUCUAUUCUAUAACGAUGGUUAUGAGGAGGCCUAUGCGAUGUAUAUGUACAAAGAUGCGGACGUUGAGAUUGGAUUUAACGAGUUUGCACACUCGGUAACUCUGCGACUACCAUACGAAAACACUGACUAUGACAUGUACAUUAUUGGACCUGAUGGAAAAGUUGGUGAACGGGACGCCACUAUUGACGACGUAGAGCAAUUCUUAAAGCAAACUAAAAGCUACGAGUCAUUGUUGAAUACUGAAAAGAAGCCUGAUGAUACCAUUGGAGUUGAAGUUCCCAGAUUUGUUGUAUCGUCUGAAGUCAACUUGAAAACCAUCUUGUCGCAGUUGGGGAUACAAUCACUAUUCUCUCCAGACGCAAAUUUGAGCGGAAUGAGUCCGGCAAAGCUACACGUGUCCUCGAUAAAACAGGCUGGAUAUGCCAAAAUUGACGAGCAAGGUACCGAAGCUGGAGUAGUUACCGCGGCAUCGGCAACUGCUCGCAUGGUGCCAAGCCGGUUGCCACGCACAGUAACGUUUAAUAAACCGUUCCUAUUCCUCAUUAGGAACAACAACCUUCAUCUCGACCUGUUUCUAGGCAAAAUCUCGAACGUGCCGAAGAAUGACUUUUAAACGAAAGAGGUCACUAUACCGAAGCCAUUCGAAGGGGCCAGCUUAGGUUAUUUUACCUAAGUAAAAAAAUAUGUUACCGAAACGAAAAUACUGUGUUUAUAAUAAAGCACAAAGUGCAAUUUUAUAAUUGUCUUGGUUACAUUUGCUUACUUUAUUGAACAAGAGAAAUAGCUUUAAAGUAAUCAGAGGCGGGUCGAGAGUGCUUUACAAAGUUCGAACAAACCCUGUGCAAGCGAUACAGACUGACAAAAUGAAUGCAUUUGCAGAUUAAUCAAUAAAGCUAGUAAAAAUUCUGUGACAUUUAUAUAUACGAUCAGGGCUCUGCAUGUUUCUCAUCACAUGAAAUAGGUUACAUUAAAAAUGCCAAUUGAUUGGGGAGAAUUUAAACACUCAACAAGUUUUUAGCCUCCCUUUUUUUGUGUUCGUGAUACUAGAGUAACCUCUUCUUUUUGCGUAUCUAGUUAAUCGCAUAAUGCGCAUACAUAUUUUUGAUGUGCGUUUUUCAAAAACCGAAUCACUUUUUGCAAAGCAGUAUAAAAAAAUUGACACAGCAUCAGGAUAGAUUUCAACUAGAAAAAAUGAUCUUAAUAAUGGCUUUGACGGAAAAUCGCUCUCUUAUUCUGCAGUUGUAGUUAUGUUCUUUCUAGCAGUAGAAAAAUACAAUUCAGUAGCGGACGGCUGAUAAGUUGUUAUCUAAAGUGUUACCUCGUCAAUCUGCUAACAGUUUGAGCACAUAUUUUUAUCAAGUCGAUUUCAGUUGCCAAACACUUCAGACAUUAAGAUACCCUGGAAUUUUUGCAGCUAGUAGUGGUUAAUUCAUGGUUAACCACACGGUGCCGGAAAACCAAAUGCAAUGACCACAAGUAGACGUUUGAUUUAUUGGGUAAUUCAGAUCGAAGCCAUUAACAAAAUAGCGUAAAUAAGUUAUAAUAUUUAGGAGCAAUCUUGUCAACUAGUGAAGAAACAUACUAUGUGGUUCUAUUGAUGCUGACGACACAUAUAUUUUUUUCUAAUUUAAAAUGAUAAAACGCAGCUUCACAAGGGAACAUCUAUGUACCAGUUUUAUAAUAUGUGAAAUUUUUAUACCACAUACUUCGUAUUCAAGUUAAAUAUAGAAAGCACACACUUUACAGGUAUUAUAUUUACUUCUAAAAAUUAUGCAUGGCUUAAAAAUAAUGUUCCGAAGGCCACGCUCUCCGGCCGGUUAGUUGCGCUCUGACCGAUAAGUGCGUAAUGCGGGUUAUGGUCGGGGUAAAAAAGCUAGACAGCAUCAAAACUUGGACGGACAUCCUCUCAUGUGAUAAUACUUGGAGCAGUAGAAAUUGUAGGACUUGUGCCUUUUGUUGUGGUAAACAGUAGUUUACAGACAGUAAUACAUUUGGAAUGGAAAUGUUAAUUCACACAUGUCGGAAAUAAAAGGUGUCGUAAUGCCCUUA